CAGCCCAUUUCCAGGGACCUGCGGUGAACAAAGCUGCUAGCUGCACAGGCAUCCGUCUACCCUCUUCUUCCUGAAACAGCUGUUUAUUCUCUUGACAGGAAUUGGAACGAAACACCUUCCCUUCCUCCUUGCCCUGCCUCCUUCUACGCAACGGAACUCAAGAGAACUUUGUUGUUUUGCCUUUUAUACCGGGGAGAAAGCAGCAGACGAUGAGGAGAAAAUAAUGAAUAUCAAAGGAAAAGUAGUUCUGUCAAUGCUGUUUAUUUCGACUGUAAUUGUUGUGUUCUGGGAGUAUAUCAACAGCCCACUGGGGCCUGUGUUUUGGUGCUCCCCGUCCUUGAACAUUGACGUUGGGGAUGGCAGCUCUCAUCCAGGCUGGUGGUUUCCCAGCUGGUUUAGCAAUGGGACCCACAGUUACCAAGGAGACGAGGAAGACGUAGACAGUGGAAGGGGAGAGGAAGAUGAAGAGCUUCGGCUGUCAGACUGGUUUAAACCAUACAAGCGCCCGGAAGUCGUGACAAUGACCGAAUGGAAGUCCCCCGUGGUGUGGGAAGGCACUUUCAACAGAGCUGUCUUAGACGAGUAUUAUGCCAAGCGGAAAAUCACCGUGGGCUUGACGGUUUUUGCGAUCGGAAGAUAUCUGGACCAUUACUUAGAGGAGUUCAUAGUGUCUGCUGAUAAAUACUUCAUGGUGGGCCACAAAGCCAUCUUUUAUGUCAUGGUGGAUGAUAUCACCAGGGUGCCCUUGGUGGAGCUGGGUCCUCUUCGGUCAUUCAAAGUGUUUGAGGUCAAGCCUGAGAGGAGAUGGCAGGACAUCAGCAUGAUGCGCAUGAAGACCAUCGGGCAACACAUUGUGGGCCAUAUCCAGCAGGAAGUCGACUUCCUCUUCUGCAUGGAUGUGGACCAGGUUUUCCAAGACAACUUUGGGGUGGAGACCCUGGGCCGCUCCGUGGCUCAGCUGCAGGCCUGGUGGUAUAAGGCCGACCCUAACGAGUUUACCUAUGAGAGACGCGAGGGGUCGGCAGCAUACAUUCCAUUUGGCCAGGGGGACUUUUACUACCAUGCGGCCAUUUUUGGAGGGACACCCAGUCAAGUUCUAAACAUUACUCAAGAGUGCUUGAAGGGCAUCCUGCAGGACAAGAGAAAUAACAUCGAGGCAGAGUGGCAUGAUGAGAGCCACCUUAACAAGUAUUUCCUUCUCAACAAACCCACUAAAAUCUUAUCACCAGAAUACUGCUGGGACUAUCACAUAGGCUUACCCUCGGAUAUUAAAACUGUCAAGAUCUCUUGGCAGACCAAAGAGUAUAAUUUGGUUCGGAAUAAUGAUUGAUUUCUUAUUAGGCCAGUAGGAUUCUAAAUUUGAGAGAGUAUUACCCUGGCUCUCUCCUCAGAAACAUAACACCUAAGUUCAACUUUAAAAAUACUAAUGGACCCCACACACCGCAGAGGCAGACCACGUCUCCUGGAAAACCUCACGCGAAGGGCUGCGUGGUACCCAGAACCCAGCCCACUGCCCUGGAGUCAGUGCCGGCCCAGGGAACCCGGAAUCGGCGGCAAUCAGAUGUACAUGCUCAAUGAUUUUCAUCUAUUUGGGGUUUGGGAGAACUAUAAUCAGAAUGUGUUACCAGGGUGGGGGCGGGGAAGCCAGAAACCCUCCACAUGUGCCAGCUGCUGUAUGGGAGAAGAGAGCGAUAAGAAUGGCCUUGGCAACAAGGUCCAGUUGUGGGCCGAGGGGCGUUCCCGCUACUUCAAUGGCUCCCUUUUCCCGGUGACUCUGAAGCAAGAUAGAAUUGCUGUGCAGUUAGGGAACUCUUUGGAAGGACCACGAGGAUGAUCCACAUGGACCAUCUUCAAAAGAUUUCACUAAGCAGCUUGUGUUCAGGUUUUUGUGGUCUUGUGCCCUUCUCUCGUUAGGAUGUUGUUUGGCGUGGGUGUAAAAGAUGGGUAGAGAUUCGCAGUGGAUAUUAAUGACGGUAAAUGAACAAUCACAAGGAUCUGAAUGAAAACCACUCUGGAGGGCUUGCUCAUCAAGAAGCGGAAACAAGCCCCUCACAGCGAAUGAGCCUUCCGUGAAGCAGCAGACGCAGUAGAAAGAGAGGAGGCUGCACGCUGUGGCCAGUGCUACCUCACAGAGGCAUGGUGCGUACGGUUAGCCUUGAAACACAACGUGGAUGGAUCCAGCAUUGAGUGAGAAUGCGGGCGAUCUUCAGCUCCUUCUACCCAGUGACUGCCCAAGGAGCAGGACUUAAAUGGAAGUUGCUUCCUGCCCCAGUCAUAUUUGUGUACCAUGCUCUGUAAUUUGUGUCUUUAACUCCUUGGUGUCAAAGAAGGCAAAGAGCCGCAGUGGAUUGAAGAGGCCUACGAGUCAGGGUGCCCAGACCUGAGCUUCUUCGGAGGACAGUCAGCCAUCAGCGUAGCCUGCCACCUUUCUAACCCUCCAGGCCCCGCAGCGUAUCAUCUCCCACUUGGGGGGCUGACAUCCAAUAAUGGGGCUGGAGCAAAAGCACUCCUAUCCAAUAACCACUCCUUUUCUCCUGCCCAUUCGCACUAACGAAGUAUAGGAGCCAGCUGAGUCUCAAGACAAAGUUCACUGGCUGGAUAACCAAAACACAAGGGGUUAUCAGUGGAAGACCCUAUCCAUUCAUGAAAGAGAGGCCUAAUGUUCCAUUCCUUUCUCUAAAAGAAGCUAGAAAACCCCAGGUGUUCUUUAAUUCAUGGUACAGGGAGUUAGAGGGAAACAUGUACAUAUGCACAUAUUUUCAUUUUGCUUCCGUCUUAGUUUAAAUCCGUUUUAUUCCUUUUAUUGCACUGGCUGGAUGCACACCCACGCCUCUCUUAUCUCUCUAUGGUUAGAUUCCAAAGCCUAGGAUGACUACAUCAUUGUAUCACUGCCAGAUCACAUCAUUUCAUGACUGUGGAAUGACACCCUUAAAUACUGCCAAACCACCGAGAACCAUGGCCCAGCCAAGCUGACGUAUAGCCGUAACAACCACAGCCAUUGUUCAUUCCUGCCAGGCAAAUAUCACGAGGGAACAAAGCAGUCCGGCCCUAGGGGAUGUUUUCCUGGCCAUAAAUUCAAAAUGUCAGCCAAAAUACUUGAUAAGGGAGAGUGGGCGUGUGGGCUAUGGGCUUCUUUGAUAAAUGAAACCUACAUUUUCCUCCACUGUUCAUUGCUGCCACCUCUUCAUCAGUCCGUGCCAGCAAACAAAACAAAACACACAACCCUGAAGAAACAUGUUUUCUAGAAAGAAAAAGGAGGCUGCACAUGGUUAGGAAUCUACUUCUCGGUCGCUCAAGUUGCCCUGGGUCCGGUGGGGAGUAAGCUGGAAGUUCACUGCCACCGCAUUGAUUCUGACUCAGCCCGGGAGCAGGGGCUUGGGUUUCAGGGCUUCACCAAAGACGUGGAUCUUGAGAGGUUAGAGGAAGGGGCUUAUGUUUACUUUCGAGGGACUUCGUUGAUUUUUUUUCAAUUGAAUCUCAAAUUUGAAUGGUUACUCUUUAAGUGUUUAACAAACUCCGUGAUUUACAUUUGAAUAAAUUAUUUUCUCAGAA